UUCUGGAAGGAGGGGGCCUCCACACCCAGCUCCUCUGACUCUUUCUGUGUCUCCUGUCUUCCAGAAGCCUGUGGAACCCAAGGGACUGGGUGAGGGGGGCUUUGCUCUGGACCUGUGUGGGAACCAGUGGCCAUGCGGUGCUCCCUCAGGUGCUGCUGCCUGUGCUCAGUAGGCCUCGGACUCCUGUGGCUGCUGCUCUCCGUGAAAGUCUGCAAGGACAUCGAAGACAACCAGAACAAGAUGACUGUGCAAGGCCUUCCUCUCAGUCCCCAGGAGGACAUUUACAGCACAAGGAGGGCCCUGAAGCAGCUAGAAGCCUGGAAUAAUAUCACCUUCAGAUGCAUGCAGAAGAGCCAGCAGAGGAGAAAGACGUGGCUGACGGUGGGCAUCUGCUCAGCGCCAGGGCCCCAUAGAAGCAGGCUCCUGCCCACGCUGCUCUCCCUCUUCCACGCCUCCUCAAAGAAAGAGCAAAAACAUCUCACUGUAGUGGUCCACCUGGUGGGCUCCGACCGCACCUGGCUUGGAGAAACUGUUGCCCAAAUCUCAAAGCUCUUCAGCUCACAGAUCCUGGCAGGGCGGCUGCUGCUGAUCCAUGCUCCCCCUGAGGUGUACCCCGCCACGGAUGGCACCCCUGAGCAGCCUUCCCCCAAGGAACACUAUUCCAGGCAGAACGUGGAUCAUGCCUUCCUCCUGAGCUUCGCCUCGAAGCUCUCCGAUUACUUCCUGCUGCUGGAUGACAAUGUCCUCUGCGCCCACCACUUCGUCUCCCACAUUAGUGCCAAGGUGAACGCUAUCAAGCCCAGCACCUGGGUGCUGCUGGAGUUCUCUAACAUGGGCUUCCUUGGCAAACUCUUCCACAGCGAGGACCUCCCCCGCUUGGCCCACUUCCUCCUCCUCUUCCACAAGGAGAAGCCCCUUCCCCAGCUGCUCCCUCGCUUCCGAGCCCUCCUGGACCAGAAGGAGUCGCAGGUCUGCAGGCCCUUCCGCUUCUUCCCCAGGAACACCUCCUCCACUGCCAGCCACAGCCCCAGUGACACCGCAUUUGACUUUAAAAGGAGCCCUUCCGGGCCUGACAACCCACCUGCAGCCGUGUUCACUGACAUGAAGGUCUUUGACGUUCACUUCCCCUGGGAGGCCUACACUCUGGACGAGUCUUUCUUCUGGACCUACAACAUCAGCACAGGGAACCACCUCACAGUCCUUUUGAACAGGCCGGUGACCUUGAGACGGGUGCAGGUGUUGACUGGCACCAUCGUGGAUGGAAGGUACACCCUGAAGAAGGGACAGGUGGAGCUGGGCUUUGACCCCGAAGGGAUGCCCCAGUUCUGCACCCGAUUCAUCCUGUUGGGCCAGCUCAUGGAAGGGCAGCUGGACCAGGAGGUAAUUCAGAAAGAUUCAGCCUACAACGUGAGCUGUGUGAGGUUGGUGGUGAAAGCCAGUCAGGCCAGUGGGCUCAUGGUUCGGCAUGUUUACCUCUGGGAGGAUACCGGGGGAGAGACCAGGCAGAUCUGAGGGGAAGGUAAAUCCAUAAGAGUGUGGAUGAUUAAAAGCUUGAAGCCA